AUGGAUUCUCGUCUGACGCCUCUCCAUCAAGAACUCCACAAUGUGCAGAUGGAAGUGAAGCAGGUCCAGUUCAUCCAGGCCAGUCAUGCCGAGAGGUUGAUGCGGCUUGAGAGACGCCAGACAGAGGAUGCCGUCAAAUCGGUCUGGAACCCCUCACCCUUCCCCAGCGUACUGGGAGGGACACCUCAGCAUGGUCCUGUUCAGAUGCCCAACAAUGAAGUCUUCGACGACUUCGACGAUGAGCAAGGCCAGAACCUCUUAGGAUCGCUUCACUUGGAUGCCGACGAGGAGCCCACCCGCCGAGGGGCGGCAUCAAGGGCAAAUAGCGUCCGCUUCGACGAAGCAACUCUGCACGCUUCCAAUUGGGGUCAAAGUGCACGUCAUUCCGGCGAGUUUGGUCCUGCCAGGCCUGGAAGUGGUCUGGGAGGUCCUACGCUGAUGGAGCGUUCCUUCUCCCACAAAUCCGAUGGACGACAUAGCUCUGCAGGCCAUUCGGUCCACUCCUUCCACUCGGUGGCAUCCGGCAGGACCAGUAGCCUCGGUCUUGACUUGCUACUGGGCAGCAGUAGGGAUGACGACGACAACGACUCGUCUCCGAUCGAGAUCACUCGGCCGCCCCCAGGCCUGAUGUUUUUGGGACCUGUUCCUUCCAUUGUUCGUUGCUGGCUUACGACCCAGUACGCACAUGACACGCUCCUCUACGCAGUGGUCUGCACCGGAUCUCAGAAGUCGACCAUUGACUAUUCGCUUCUCAAGGAGUUGAAUCUCGUAGAUGAGGCUCACAGAAAUAUCAACGGGGUCUUGCGGGCCAGCCUUCCUGUCUACUUUGCUGAAGCCACGGUGGCCCAAUCAAGUUCUCGAUCCUCCAGUCCGUCUCGCCGACAGGUACCUUACAUCAAUGUUGACUUCGAGAUCACCGGAACGGAUAAUGCGGAGGUGGGGGAUUACAAGCAGUCAAUCCGCAUUUUCGUUGGCAGCGACACCCUUACGUCGAAUAGUGCGGACCUGCUCUUGUCUCAGAAUCGGAUGACGCUCUUCGGCAACGGUGAUGAUCGUGACAGACUCUCCGUUCCCUUUGUCCGUCCUGAAGAUGAGUCUGUAUAUAAGCACAUCACCACGGUCAACGUUGUCCCAGAGAAGCCCAAGCUCAAUGCCAGCGCGCCAGCGUUCGUGUCUGGUGACCCCCGAGCCCAGACUGCGGCUGUUCCAGACCGGGCAGAGACCUCUGUCUCACAUUCCGACGUUGGAGAAUCUGACCUUCCGAGCCCUUUCUCAUCGAGCACGAAUCAGCCGGCCUACUCAUCAAAGAACACGGCCACAAGUGUUCCAUCCGACAGUGGCAGCGAGCGGCAGCAAAAGGAGACCGUUUCAGGUCCUGAAGAAAGCACUGGCAAGGAAGUUGCUACGAACUCGGAUGCUGGAGGACGGCGGGACUCUACAGCCGGUAUAUGGGGAUCUUGGCGACAAGGCGGCUCAGUCGGCGGUGGGGAUGCUGCUCAGCGUGAGAAUGGGUUGAGCGGGUACCAACCAGCGGGGAGGGGCGGGCGCAGCAUGAAGAUACUGAAGCCACAGAAAUCGGUUUCGAUAUCUUCCUCAGCAGCCCGCAACGGAAUAGGCCUCGACGCGCCGGCUUCAUCCCGGUCAAGUGGUGAGUUCAGCCGGCGGAAGAGCCAGGGCGCCGCCUCAUCCACCCUCGAACAGAACGGCAGCUCCUCCCCGGCCCCCGCGCCGACAGUGCGCUGGGACAACGUCAGGCGUAGCGUCAGUGCCGCCACGCCCAGCGCACUGUCCUCCAACAGUGGCGGGGCGCCGCCAACGCCGACGUCGACAUCGACAUCGACCACGGACAACAAGCCAAAGCCUCCUGCGACUCGCGCAAACCCUAUCGGCGGCGCUUCGGCCUUUUCUUGGAUGGCUGGCGGUGGUGGUGGAGGUGGCAAGCCCAUGGAGAAGCCCAAGACACCUGCGACGCCUGUCUGA